GCAGGCACACCUUUCCCUCCGUGGUCCUCCAGCGUUUCUUACCUUCUUGUCGCUGCUUUGAGCCUCGUUGUCUGGCUGUGAACUCUCACCCCAGCUGCUUGGGAAAUGUCAUACAGGCAGAGGCCCGUGCUGCAGUAGGGGGGCGUAAUAGGAGGAAAAAAUAACAUUUUCACUGCUCUCACUGCAUCUUUUUUUAUUCGCGUCUCUGAGGUGCAAGUGCCACAUCCCCGCUACCAACACCACCACCAGCAGCAGCAGCCGCCGAUAACUAACCGCAGUCUCAAUGCUCACCUCGCAUUAGGACUGAUAUUUAAAAAAAAAAAAAGAAAAGAAAAGAAAAAAUCCGUGCCAGACAUGGGGAAGAACAUUAAUCCUCUUUGGAAGAUGUCAAUCCAGCAGACUAACUGGCUUGUGAUGCCAAUGCCCAGCAGAAGAUCCUGGGACUGAGACGCGGAUCCCUUUACACUGAUGGCCUGGACUGAGUUUCAGCUGGCCUGCUGAAGCUAUGGGGAGCUGUUGGAGCUGUCUAUACAGAGACCCCAUCCGAGACAACCAUCUCACCAAAUUUAAGGUCACAAAUGUAGACGAUGAGGGCAACGAGCUGGGCUCUGGGAUCAUGGAGCUCACCCAAACUGAGCUCAUUCUUCACACACGUAAGAGGGACGCCAUCCGGUGGCCAUAUCUCUGCCUGCGUCGCUACGGCUAUGACUCCAACCUGUUUUCUUUUGAGAGCGGCCGCCGCUGUCAGACCGGGCAGGGAAUCUUUGCAUUCAAGUGUUCUCGGGCAGAAGAGAUCUUUAAUCUGCUCCAGGAGCUGAUGCAGUGCAACAGCAUCAACGUGGUGGAAGAGUCGAUGAUGAUGAGUCGGAGCGGUCACACACCAGAGAUGGACAUGUCUCGCACACCACAGACACCCAACACUCCAGCAUUUCCUAUCCAGGCUUUUCCCAAUGGAUACCCUGGUUAUCCAAUCAGAGGAGAUUCCUCUCAACCAUCGAUUGCUGAUGAUCAUGGACAUAGCCUCAUGGGUUUGGAAGACCAGACCCACACCUAUGUAAAUACUGUGAGCAUGGAGGGGGAUCUUUCCAUGCGUCAUUGUGUGCACUCUCUACCUGAGGUACGGCCUAGCACUUUUCCUGAAACAACACGGGGAGCCAUGCCUGUAGGGGGCCAAGGAAAUCCGCAGUCCAACCUGCGGUGCUGUCCCCUCGAGGAGCAUAAAGAUCCUCAGGUGUUCCUACAGACGUCCUCGCAGGAGGUCAAAUUCAUGCUGGGUCCCACUCCAGCGCAACGGCAUCUGCUGGAGAGAGAGAGGGAGAGGCACGGGCACAAUCCUCACAACCUUCAGCCAGUAGAGGGCGCAGCAAGCUCAGAGACGGAAGGAGACGAGCCCUCUAUGCACCUGUGCAACUCUCACUCCUACCACCAUUUCCAUCAUCACAUGCACCGGCACCUGGGCCAUGAGCACCAGGAGGGCUGCCAGAGUGGCGAGCUCACGUACGAGAAUAUCAACGGCCUGCGAAGUGGCCGUAAGCAGCGUCUGAGUCCCAGCAGCGUGUCGCAAUCCGUAGGUUCAAGCAGCAGUAGCAGCACCGGGGACAGUCAUUCUCACUCCCUCUUACACGGUCACGGGCCGACAUCGCUACCCCCGCAGGGGUACUCCUGUGAGAGGGGCAUGGGUGGAGCUCAUCGUCGGACAGCUCUGCUUAACUACGAGAACUUACCCUCUCUGCCGCCGGUGUGGGAGUACAGCGCUCUCCAGCGGGAUGAUGAGCAGGAAGAGGAAGACGAUGACCAGGAUGAUGAGGAAUAUGAAGAAGAAGAGGAAGAUUUUGAUGAGUACGAAUUCUCAGAAGGCCCCGGGACACCCAAUGGUUACCAUCAAGACGGCCGGGGCAUACACAGAGACGCCCUGCAGAACUAUGUCAACACAGAGCAGGUUCAGCCUCCCCGGCUUCGACACGCCUGCCCCCCGCAUCCACGGCCGUGUCACCCAGACAGAGGGGGGCGAAUAUUUAGCUUUGAUUUCCGCAGACGAUCGAGGUCAGGGGUUGGAGGUUGUGAGCACAGCCACAUGCCUCCUUCGCGGCAGCUGAAUUACAUCCAGGUGGACCUGGAAGGAGAGCCUCCCUGCCAAGCCCUCAGCAGCGGGGGUGCCCAGACCCAGCCACAGCACCAGCGCCUACCACCCAAAAAAUGUGGUCCGCAGGCACCCCGGCGCAGCGAAUGCUACGCAGUCAUUGACCUAAAGAAGACCGCUGCCAUGUCCAACCUGCAGAAAGCUCUGCCCAGGGAUGAUGGGACUUCCAGAAAGACUCGCCACAACAGCACAGACCUGCCUCUGUAAAUGGUGUUCGAACUGAGAAGGAGCAAUGAAGACAGAUGAAGGCUUAUCCUCAUCUUAGCACACUGGACCCUUCACUGUCAUCCAUCCAUUCAACUGUCGGGCUGAUCAGUACAGUACAGGUACCUAAUUAGAAACUUACUGAAACCUAACUGUGCAUAUACAAGCAAAAGAGAAAUCUCUGAGGAGAAUUUGCCAUUUUAUUUUGUGUUGUCAGAUAUUUGGUGUAAAGCUCUCUGGAGAAAUCUGCAUUUUUUUUGUUGCAGAUAAUUGCUGGAUAUUUGAAUAUUAUUAUAUCUAACCAUAAAGUCACAUAUGUGUAUGUAAAAUAUAUGUAUAUUUGACUUUUGGCUUAGUUUGGCCGAGAGUUUAGCAGAGAGUUAUACGUAGAAGCAGUCGUUGCCAUAAUGUUUUAGUGCAAAUCUUUUAAAACCAUCCACACUCAUAAAUGUUGUUGCUCCUAUCAUAUAGUUUGCCAAACACUUUGAGUGUCAGAGUUAUGAACCUCAUCUCCGAAAUUAUGUUGUUAGCAUGAAGGAUGGUAAUGGUUCCUCCCAGAUACUGGUCAAUGUUCAUACCUCAUCAAAAGCACUUAAAUCUAAUGUUGUGGCUAGUAGAAGAGACCAUUAUUUGUUACUGUAUGCCUAUAGAGCAUUUUGCACACAAUCCUAUGGAAUUGUAUUUCAUCUUUUUUUUUUUUUUCCUUUUUUAAGGAGUUAUUUAGUUCAGUCCUAGCUUAAAAAAAAUGAUGGCUUAAACAAAUCGAAGAGAAUGUGAUAUUUGAAGAAAUAUACUAAACUAAAUGAUGGUGAAAGUAGCACACAUGCAUUAAAUGAGCUUUAGCUCCCUCCUGUCAACAUGCAGCAAUUGAAAAAGUAGCAUAUCAACUUUGAUCACACCUCCUGCUUAUCAUCUCAAACCUGCAGGAGGUUCACGCUUGUCACGUUGCACUUUUGACCCUGGGCCGCUGAAACGCUCUUUGUCACCACUCCCGCGCCACUGGAGCCACAGGUUGUGUCCUUUUACCAAAAACAGGGGUUCAAAUAUUUCCCGGAGAUAAUAAUGUAGAUAGUUUAUUUAAAUGUUCUUGAAAGAGAUGCUGAUAACCUCAAAUCGUGGCAUUAAGCUAUAACCUCACACAAAAUGUUGUCAGUUAUCAGGUACGGAUGUUCUGUUUGAAAAGGGUUGUCGCAAAAUCAUCCACUGAAGAUUUUUGUGAGAGAAAUUGUCAACCAAUUAACAGAUAUUUAUUUAUUUAUUUAUUUAUUUAUUUCACUUUAAUUUAUUCUCUCUCUCUCUUUUUUGUUUUGUUUUGUUUUCCACGUGACGACCAGCGUUUUGUAGUCCAGUUGGUAAUAUGGAGACCAAAGUUUCACCUCAGAUUACCACUGGACACUGAUGUAUUACUGUUAUAACUGUGCUUAAUUAUAUUUUAAACAAAAGAAAGACUGUAUUUAUAUUUUAAGUGCCAAAACUUAAUUCCAAACUGUACGAUGAAUAAAAUCAAAUGUGCCAUUUGGGUUGGUAGAAAUCUAUAGGACAGAAAGGCAUAAGAGGAGAACAGUCAGAAGACAAAAAGGAAAAAAGAAAAUCCUGCUUUUUAAGGAUAACACAAGCUAAAAUAAUAAAAUCUGCACAUUCCACCUCAUCCACAUCGACAGCCAUUUCGAAGGGGCAUAUAAGAAUGGUAAUCUUGUGGUCUGAUAAUCACUGUUAGGGUGGUUUUUAUGCUGCUACUUGUACAUACUGACAGUAGCCCAUGUAAGCUACAUGAAAAAAAAUGUGAUGUCAGAUCCUUAUCAUAUCGUUGAUAGAAGUAGCAUUGUUGUGUUCUCCUGAGAUUUUUUGUUUUGUUUUGUUUUCUCAGAGCUGUAGAAAUGUCACGUACCAUUUAAUUGAAUGUUUUAUUUGACCAAUAUUUCAUGUAAUCGAGAUUGUUUUCUGAUUAACUAACUGUCUGGUAUGGGGAGAGUUAAUGGAAGCACACAGAUCUCUUUCUUUGUUCUGCUUUUUUUUUUUUUUUUUUUUUAAAUGAGCGUUCACAUCAGGGUGAUGUUUUCAGCCUAUAAAGGAAGGCCAGAUGUUCUAUGUUUACACAUGUGCGGGCCUUCAGAUGCAGAUGUAUUGUGGC